AUGGUGUACAACUGGGACGACAAGGAGGCCGAGUGCUACAGACUGUACGUGGAGGAGAAGAAAAGCUUAGAUGAGGUCAUCGCACACUGGGACGCACGAGGCUUCACGCCGAGCAAGCAGAACCCGGCACACAGAAACCCCGCCCUCGUCGCCCGUCUACGCGAAUUAUGGGAAGAAAACUAUUCCCAAAGGGACAUGGUGGAUACCUUGCAGAAUGAAGGCUACUCCAUCAACGACCGCGAGUUGAUACGACUCAGACUCAGACUCAAGCUUCUGCUACGAGAAAGCGCUCCUAGGCCAAAGAGGAAGCGAAGCGCAGAUAGUGGCGUAAAGAAGACAUCGAGGAAGAAGACACCGAAAAUCGUGCCAGGACGUGGGCUCAUCAAUCAGCUUGGGAACGCGAUACUGGCUGAGGAGUCUUCGAGCGAGGAAAGCGAUGAUGAGCCGCAAGCCGAAGAACAAGAUGUUAGAGAGCCAACACAAGUCGCGGAUGGUACCAAUAGACAGAACGAUCUUCAAGAAGAGGAUGUUACACCACUUUCGGCGGAAGACAUGAUGCGCAAACAGCUGCGACUGGAACAAUUGCAAAACGAGAGCGAUGAAAAGUGGCGGACACGGAAGCGACGACGACGAACCCGAGGCUGGGCAGGACUACCUGCAGACGCGCCCGGCGAGCCUCCACGCUUCCCAUCCGAAACGACCAUAGACGAGGCCAAAGCAUACCUGGGGCUGGACAACGACAUGUAUCGCCAAGUUCGCGAACGCUUCUUGCAGAUAUGUAAAGAUCACCAUGUCAUCAAGAAGACGAUUGCUGGGCCUCAAAAGUGGGCGGAAAUCGUACGGCAGCUCAUCGAUGAGAACGAGCACUUGACCAGUGUCUUCCAGCAAGAGCCAGAUGUGCUCUCCAGCAUCGAUGCCUUGUUUCGUCCCAAGGGCCAGCGAGCGUUGUCGCUGGAUGUGAUAUGCAUGGAUGUCACGAAGCGCCUCCGGACAAUGGACUCGCGUAUGACCCUAGCCGACGUAAAGAACAUUCUCUGCCUGAACCCCGAGAAGACACGCCACGUCCGAAGCGAAUUCGCUGCGAAGCUCAAAGCAGACCACUUCACCAACAAACACGAAGCAGGCGAACAGCACUGGGCAGAUCUGAAGACAGCCUGGGUGAACGAGUCCGACCUCUUGAGGGCAGCACUAGCCGGCGGCGAAGCCGACCCCGAACAUCAGCAAAAGUUGCGAGCAAUCGAAGUCUUAGCGAGGGACAUAAUGAAGAGACAACAACAAGAGAAGACCAUCAAAGACCCAAGCAAGAAGAAACAAGUCCACCAGGGCCCCGGUCCCGGUCCCGCAAAGCCAGUCAUGCCCACGCGCAGCAGAAGCCAACCCACCGAUGCCCAACCUACAAGCCAAACCACCUACGAUAGCAUGACCGCCCUCGCCUCCGCAGCGGACCUGCAAAUCGACCCCAGCCUUCUCCUCGCCGCAAGCGACGCCUCUAUCCUUCCCACACCCACAUACCAGUACCAGUACCAGGACCAGGACCAACGAUCGGCCCAGAACACAUACGACCAAACAUACUUCCCCGCCUCUCACUCCUCCCUUCCUCUGCCCAUUUAUUUCCGCCUCCACCCUCACUCCAGCACGCCCCUCCCGUCUAAAACCGUCUGGCUCUCGAUCCUGCACCACGUCUCGGUCGCCGAGAUUCGCCAGUUGGCGGCGCGCGAACAUCCCGGCUCGAAGGGCUGGUAA